GGCCUUAACCGGUCUAUAAAUAGGUCGCCUUUCAGUCGGAGGUUAGUGUUUGUUUUUAUUUGACGACAUUUUAAGUCUAGUAACACUGGGCAAAUUUUUUUUAACCAAAAAAAAAUAAACAAACCUGCCCCGGAAGUUGUUCGUGCACGUGCCACGUCAGAGCUACAGGAGUGUUUCCAUCAGUGGUUCAGUCUGUGAGCAGCUUCCAGCAGUUUGUUCUUGCUGUCAACAUGCUGUUUCUGGGACUGAGCUGUUUGCUGCUGCAUGUGUGCGUGGUGUUUGGGACUGAGCUCACAUUUGAGCUGCCUGACAACGAUAAACAAUGUUUCUACGAGGAGCUAGAACAAGACGUAAAGUUUGAAAUAGACUUUCAGGUCAUUGCUGGAGGCAACUAUGAUGUGGACUGCUUCGUCACUGAUCCUUUCAACAAUGUCCUAUAUAAUGAGAAGAAGAAGCAAUAUGACAGCUUCUCUCACACCACAGCCAUGAAGGGAGUCUACAAGGUCUGCUUCAGCAAUGAGUUCUCCACUUUCACACAUAAGACAGUGUACCUGGAGUUCCGCCAUGGAGAUGAGGAGCCUCUCAUGCAGAACAUGAAUGGACCUACAGCACUGACUCAGUUGGAGUCGUCAUGUGUCUCCAUUCACGAGAUCCUGAAAGUGGUGGCUGACUCGCAGACAUGGUACAGACUGAGAGAGGCACACGACCGCACAAAAGCCGAGCAUCUCCUCGAGCGGGUGACCUACUGGUCCAUCGGAGAAACCGUCCUGCUGUUCGUCAUUGGCAUCGGUCAAGUCAUGUUGCUCAAGAGCUUCUUCACUGACAAGAAAGGCUCUGUGGCAGCCUCCACUUAAAACGUGUAGCCUUGAUGUGCCCUCAGGUGGAACCUCGUCAAUGUGAACACAUGAGUGCUUCUGGAGAUUAGCACACGUCUUGUAGUAUUUUCCACAUACCUGUUUUGUUAAAUGGAUAGUUUUUAUUUUUUCCUGCCUACCAAGUAUCAGACAAACCUCUGUAUACCUUUGUCAUGUCUGUGUUUGUUCAGAACAAGCUGUAUAAAGAAGAAACAACACUCACACUGUACUGAAAAUGAGAUUAACACCUGUCAACCUUGCACAGAUUAUUUAUUAUAUUUUGAUGUACAACAUAAAGCAGGUUUGAUUUGUCAGUUAUUGACCCAGAUUGUUUUACAGUAGGACCUGGACAGUGAUUACAUCAGAUGUUGUGGCACAUCAGUUGUUUAUGAAUGUUAGUUGUAAUUGUUUUAUAGUGUGUAUCAUGUUGUCGCCUUAAUUUAUGUGCAAAAAAUUGUUGUGACGAGGUGUAGCUUGAGAGCUCUGCAUCCCUCCUGCUCUCAUGUGUCUCAUACAAAGUGCCUUAAGAAAUCUUUUUCUUCUUUUAAUACCAAGUUGAAAGUUUACAGUUUUGAUUUGUGUGUCACGUAGCAUACUGUUGACUGAUUUGAUUCUCAUGUUUUACAUUUGGGUGCAACUACAAGUCCAUGCCAUUUCAUUAAGAGAUUAUGUUAAAUGGACAUUGUUACUUGACCGAUCAUUAUGGAUUUUCCUUUUUCACCAAGAAAGUUAUGCUUGCAGCCAUAUUUGUUAAUCUGUCUCUUUGUUAUCUGUAAAACCUGUCAGCAGAUUUCAAUAAAAUUUGGUGGAGAGUAAU